AUGGGUCGGUUCGGGUGGCUCAGGCAUGCGUCGAGGUUCCUUGAGCCCCGGUCGGGCGAGGUGGCCGUGCAGAGGUGCGCAUGGAUUCAGCGGAACACACCUUGCAGCUCUACGGGCAUCUAUAUUGGCGAUAAGUUCUAUGGUCGAUUCAUGUUGACACCAUUUGUAUUGAGCCGGAGUUUUCAUGCUACAGGUCACCGUUGUUCAAAACACAAGGACUACUACAAAAUUCUUGGUGUUCCUAAGGAUGCAUCGCAGGAUGACAUCAAGAAGGCAUUUCAUUCCCUUGCCAAAAAGUAUCAUCCGGACACAAAUAGAGGCAAUGCUGGUGCAAAAAGGAUGUUUCAGGAAAUAAGAGAUGCAUAUGAGACACUACGGGAUUCUUCAAAGAGAGAGCAAUAUGACAUGCUAUUUUCUAGAGGGUCAAGGCCGGAGUUUGAUGGGUCCUAUCAUGACACAUUCUCGGGAUCCAACAAUCAGAGACAUGACCCUUUCACAGAAUUCCACAGACAGAAUGAUGGUCAUUUCUCUAGUAAAUUCUAUAAAAUAUUUUCUGAGGUUUUCCAGCAAGACAUAAACGUGCAGGCAAAUGAUAUUAAGGUAGAAUUGAAUCUGUCUUUUAGCGAAGCUGCCAAUGGCUGCAUAAAGCAAGUGUCCUAUCAUGCAAAAAAUGUUUGUGAUUCAUGUGGUGGGAGAGGUCACUUGCCAAAUGCAAAGAUAUAUGUUUGUCCCUCAUGUAAAGGUUUGGGAAGAGUCACUAUGUAUCCAUUCACAUCUGUUUGUAGUUCUUGCAGAGGUGUUGGGAAAGUAAUAAAGGAUUACUGCUUGACAUGCCAAGGUUCAGGGGUGGUAGAUGGUAUGAAACAUGUAAAAUUGGAUAUACCAGCAGGACUUGAUUCUGGUGACACAAUCAAUGUACCGGAGGCUGGAGAUAGUGGUGGACUUGGUGUCCAAUCUGGAAAUUUACACAUCAAAAUUCAAGUAGGAAUUGAUCCUGUGUUUACCCGAGAUGGUGCUGACAUCCAUGUCGAUAAAAGGAUAAGCUUCACACAGGCAAUGCUUGGUGGAAACGUUGAAGUACCUACUUUAAAUGGGAAAACAGAAGUGAAGAUACCCAAAGGAGUCCAACCAGGGCAAGUUGUAGUUUUAAGGGGGAAAGGAUUGCCAGAUCCGUCAGGAUACUUCGGGGACCAAUAUGUCCGAUUCCGAAUUCAUUUUCCCUCGGUGGUUACUGAACGUCAGCGUGUGCUGCUGGAAGAAUUUGCAGUAGAGGAAGCCACGAAAGAACAGAACACUUUUGUAGCAGGAAAUUGGUGGCGGCUAGUUGCAGAAAAUAUGACAAGGCAAAAUGUCAUGAUCGGAGUCAGCAUCCUCCUACUGAUUCACCUGAUGCUGAGCAAGGCUAUGAGCUAA